ACUCUUACUGAAACCUGGAACGACUAUACGUAUUAGAACUUGCUGCUGAAACCUAUUGUGCAAAUCCAAAUUUUCUGUAGAGGUAACUGCGCCGACGUCGGGUCCCAAGCCCCGAGUGAGAAAGCAGGAGGGCUGAAACGAAAGGUAAAGCUCUUCUGCAAUUAAAACAAAUGAAGAUAUCAUUCUUACAUUCCUGUGCAGUAUUUGUAUUUUACUGCACAGUUAUAAAAGCCCCUGUCAGCGCAGAAUGUUAUCAAGAGAAUUGUCAGCUGUUGUCUAUGACAGAUAAUCUGUUAUGGUUGGAUCGAGUGGUGAAAAAUGGUGAGAAAUUUGGAAGCCUUUAUUUCAAAAUAAAAAACGGAUCAGGUAGUAUAUCAAAGACAGAUUGUCUCAAUGUGAAGAAAAAGAAUGAUUGGUUCAGAAAUUGUGAGAAAGAAAAUUGCAAACGACAGACCUAUGGGGAUUUUUAUGGCUUUAUCCAUGCUGAUGCUUUGUAUCCUGAUAAAACAUUUGUACAAUACCUGAAAAGCGGUUAUGAUAGGAGACCUGAAUUCGAAUCAAGAAAUUUAACAAGUGACUCUCAUAAAUGCUGCAAGAAGAGGAUAUGUAGUACAACUGAAACUUGUACUAAAGGGGAAAGUGUUCAUGGAAAGGAACCUUCUGACAGGUUGCUGCCCUCACUAGAGCUGUCCUUGAUGAUAUCAUUUAUAGCUACAGUUGCCACACUUUGUUCAAUGGUUUUCAUGUUUAUCAUAUGGAGUUAUACCAGUAGUCAUCUGAGAAGAGAAGUACAAAAUCAGAUACCGAGCUCACAAAGGCAGAAAAGAAGAAAAAGGAAUAAGAAAAAAUUGAAUAGGGCGUCCAAGGAAACUUAUAACGAUUCAACCGAGAAAAAUGUUAAUGGAUCAUCUAAUCAAAAUAAUAACGAGGCAACUAAACAAAAUGUGAAUGAGCAAUCCAAGCCAGAUGAUGAUAAUGUAUUCGAGCAAAGUGAGAAUCGUAGGGUGUUGUUGUCCACAAAUAGAGAAGUUAGUAGUACAUUAAGUAGUGUUAUCUGUGUUUCUCAGUCGCAGCAAGCUGAAAAUCCAGCAGCAGGAUCAGAGAAUGAAUGGUGUACGUCAGCAACUCAAGUUAAGCAAUACAGGUUUUCACAUGAGGCAAAACAUUUUAAAAGUCAGAAAGAAAAAAUAGAAACAGAAGACUGUAGUGAAAACAGUAGUAAGUCCAUAGAAAAUAAAAGAAAAGUUACUCAACUUCUUCCAUUCCUUGAAGAUUUAUUUGAAAACGGUGAUUUCUCGUUAGAUAGCGAUAUCACUGAUAAAACCGUUGCUACAGAAGUCUUACCAUCACUGAACCUGAUGACUGAUUUUGAUCAGGAGCAAACUCUAUCUUACCUGAAAUUACCAGACCCCUCUAUCCAUGAUACAGAGGAAACAUUUCCAAAAGGGACGCAAAAUAUUCAAAACGGGUGUAGAUUAUUUCACCAUGAACAAUACACAUUGACAACGGGAUAUCCCUUUAAUACUGUUAGUACAGGGCCUCUUACACGAGCCUGCUCUUCACUUAUAACUUCUAGAGAAGAUGAAGGAUUAUCCGAGUAUGAAUAUACUAAAGAAGUCGAAGUAGAGAGGAAACAUUUAAACGUCAGGAUAAGUUAUUUUGAAAACUAUGCAUGUUCUGAAAAUGAAGAAAAGGACUGUGAAAUAAACGAGUACAGUGAGAAACAAGUUCCAGGAAAAGAUGAAUUCAAAGAUGAUUGUACAGAUAAAAAAGAACAGAUGAAUCAAGCAAGUGAUCGGAAAAAUGUCUUUUUAUAUUCUGAACACUAUUUGAAAGGUAAUGAAAAGAAUGACAAAAAUGGGGAGUUGCAAGAAAAUGAUUCGACAGUUGAACAGAUAGGUCUGUGGAAUACAGCUGAAAAAGUCAAUACUGUUUUAGAAGCAGAAAAGGCAGAGAUACUCGAGGCAUAUGACAGUGAAUCCUGUAAUUUUGAGGGUAGUUACUUAAUAAAUUUUGAAUCAGGCACAAACAUUGAUGAAAUAUGCCAGGUAGUGGAUCACAAUGACCAUCAGUUAUGCCAAGCAAAUAUAGAAAGCUUACCGUCUGAUAGUGGAGCAUCAGGCCAUGAGUCAGAAACUCAAAGAAAUGGAAACACAGCUGCAACAAACAUAUUGUCAAAGGAAACUGGAGCUACUGAAGUAUCUGUACAUGGUGGAAGUUCUGGACUUGCUUCAACAAAUAAAGUUGACAAAAUAUCAGAUGUCAUUAUGUCAGAUAAUUGUAAAAAUGUAGAACAAAAAGUAGAAGAAAUUAGUUGCACUGAAAAUAAAGGAAAUCCUAUCCGUUUAAAUAAUGUGUUACACACAAGUGUCCAAGUAGACGAAAUGUUUACAUUUGCUAAGGAGGAUGUCAAAGAGAAACCUUUUCGAAAAAUCUAUUCAAGUAAACAAAGAAAAUCUUCGUUGAGAAGGAGAAACAUUUACAAGAAAGGAGGUAAAAACAUGUCUGGAAAUCGAUUGUGUAAAUGCCAGAGGGAAUCCUGUAAUUGUUUUGAACAAGAAAAUGAGAACAGAUGUUUAAGUUAUAGUCAAACUGGCAGCACUACACAAGUGGGUGGAACAGUUCCAUUUACCAGUAUAGACAGUUGUAGUAAUUCGCAACAGUCUUAUUCUGCCAAAGAUAAUGUUAAAGUAUAUGCUAGAAGUGAAGAAUGUAAUCAUCAGCAUAAGUCAGCUUCUGAUAAAAAUGUGUGUGAAAAACAUAUUAGAGUCAUACAUUGUUCGGGAACGUAUGUAAGCCAGGACAGGUUCAAAUUAAAACCAAAAUUACAAAACAGAAAAAGGCAUUUCAAAGGACUUGCCAAGAGAAGUAACAAGUCAUCAAAUGAAAGAUCGCUAGAUACGCUAGAUAUGCCGUCAGCCAUUAAUGAUAGGAAAGAAAAUGGUAAAAAGAGAUAUUGUAAAGUUUGUCACAAAUUAAAUGUUCUGUGCAAAACACAUAGGAGAACACAGAAUCCCUAUCCCAAAUAUAGAAAUUUCACCCGACAUUGUCGCACUCGAUUUGAAUCAACAAAAUAUAGAAAUAAUCAUACAAAGAGAGAAGAAAAUAAACUGGGCAAAACGGAAGAAGUAGUAUCACUUGUUUGCCAGGACUCUGGGUUUAAUUCUGGAAACUUCACUGAAUUGGAUUUCGAGCCAACAAAAUUCCCCACAUUCUGCGGACAAAGCUCUGCAAAACAGAUUCAUGAGUGCUUACUGAAAGAAAUAAAGUCAGAGAAAUUAAGUUUUGACUCCUUUCAACAAUUAAAAGUAUUACAAAAUAGUAUUGAAGAUGUAGAACGACAACUUCUGGCAAAAGAAAUCUCUAGAGAAUUGCAUAUUGAGCAUAGAAAUUUCACAAUAUUUGGAUUAGAUUCUUACUUUGAUAGAUUUAAUAAUGGUCCUCCACCUACAAUUCGUGAGCGAAUGCAAUAUGAAUGGAUUCGACUAGCUUCAUUCCAUAAUUACACGGGAAAUGGAAAUGCAUUGGCUCUUGCUAGACAUGGAUUUUACCAUGAUCACAAUGAAGGACCUAUGUCCACGAGGUGCUAUCUCUGUGAAGCUCGGCGCUCUGACUGGGAGAUGCUUGAUGACAUUUCUGCAGAGCAUAGAAGACAAUCACCAAAUUGUCCAUUCCAUGAUAACAGAGAGGAAGAAAGUAUGAACAUUUCAAUAACCUAUGGAGACAAUAGUGAUACCCCAGCUAGAUCUUCUCCAAGUAGAGCAGUGACUUCUUCUGUCACUUCAUCAUCAUCUACGAGUACAGUUGCUGCAGCUGUGAGAGAAGUUUCAAGUAGUUUCCAAGGAAUAAACAUUACGCAGACUCGCGUUGGCAAUAGUGGAGGAGAAAGCAUUUCACAUCAGCCAACAGAAGAUCCAGAGAGUAGAGAUCGUUCCCUGCUGGCAUUGUCUCAGCCGCGUGCACAGCGAGCCCUUGGGCGGACAGGGUACUCUUAUUCCACUAUAAUAGCACCAAGAAGAAACAAUGUUGCUACAGGUGCUAUAAGUAAUGUUGGCAUUGAUCCUUUGAACAAUGGUUCCUCGUCUUUAGGUACAGGGAGACAACUACCAAGUACCCGCCCCUCCUCCAUACUGGGUGGGCCAGUGGGAGCCGGUGCUUUUUCAGGUUUAAGAACAGCUGGC